CAGAAGAUCAUGAACCCGCCAAUAUAAGCUCGCUUGCCUCACAGUCCAACUCGGAGAAACGAACACUUAGUUAGAUAGGUAACUCGUUCAACUCAACUCAGUUGGCUGCCUAUGGCUUCUCUCCACACCAUUUCUCCCCAUAGUCUCCUUCCUCUUUCCAAAUCCAAAAAAGCCACCGCGAAAACCCUUCCCAACUCGAAUUUUCUCGGCUCAAAAUAUCGUGAGAGCCCAAUUUUCUCUAGAAGCAAACGUAGAACUGAGAGUUGGUUCUUGAACUCCGUUGUGCAAGAAGAGCUUGAUGUUAUCCCAGUACAGAGUAGAGACAGCACGGACCAGCAAGAAGGGAUGGCGGUGAGUCAGGUAGAGAGCGAAGGGACUGAGUUGGCGACUCAAGUUAGCGGGUUUGGAUCGAAUGAGGGGCAACUGUCUUUUGAGGGGUUUUCUUCUCCUUCUAGUUCUGGUAUUGGAGAUGAUGGAGGGAGACAGAGCGAAUCCGAAAUGGAUAGAUUAAUUGAUAGGACUAUAAACGCAAUGAUUGUUCUUGCUGCUGGUUCUUAUGCCAUAACCAAGUUGCUUACAAUUGAUCAUGAUUACUGGCACGGGUGGACCUUUUAUGAGAUACUGAGAUAUGCCCCUCAACACAAUUGGAGUGCUUACGGGGAGGCUCUUAAGACAAAUCCAGUUUUAGCAAAAAUGAUGAUCAGUGGAGUGGUCUAUUCUGUAGGGGAUUGGAUUGCACAGUGUUUUGAAGGUAAACCACUCUUUGAGUUUGAUCGAGCACGAAUGUUUAGAUCAGGCCUUGUUGGCUUUACAUUACAUGGCUCUCUUUCACAUUACUACUACCAGUUUUGUGAGGAGCUUUUUCCAUUUCAAGACUGGUGGGUGGUUCCUGCCAAAGUGGCCUUUGACCAAACUGCAUGGGCAGCAGUUUGGAACAGCAUCUAUUAUACAGCAUUGGGAUUUCUACGUCUGGAAUCCCCCGCCAACAUUUUUAGUGAAUUAAAGGCUACAUUCUGGCCGAUGCUAACUGCAGGGUGGAAACUGUGGCCUUUUGCUCAUCUUAUUACAUAUGGUGUGAUUCCAGUAGAACAAAGGCUUCUUUGGGUGGACUGUGUAGAACUCAUUUGGGUGACAAUACUCUCAACAUAUUCAAAUGAGAAAUCAGAAGCAAGAAUAUCCGAGACACCAGCAGAAGCAGGUUCCAGUUCUUUGUUGAAAGGCCCUCCUGAGGUGAGUAGAUUAAAUGCUAACAAUCAGGAGAGUUUGAAAGAUGAGUUGCUCAAGUUGGUUGUAAGAGUUGAGAGUUGAACCCACAAUGCGAUGGAAAAAUUGCAAUGCGGAAAUUUUAUGGACAGACGGGUUAUAGAAUAUACCACGCACAUCUUGCAUACUUGCAUACGUAUGUAUGAAGAUAUGAAGAUUAGACAUACUUUCUGAGAUGAUACACAAUAGCCUUUCUAGUUCCUCCUAACUGUAAAAAUCACAUGACAUGGUACUGGAAAUUUUCUAUGGAAUAUAGAAUUUUCUUUCUUCAA